AUGUCAAACGAAACUAUAUUAUCAUGCAACCUUUGCCUCGGUUCAGUUGAUCCCGAAUAUUUUUCCUACAAUCUUGCAGUUUCUGGAGUCCUAUUGCCGAUUAUUGGAGUUGUUGGGCUAAUUGGAAAUAUUCUGGUUGUACUAACAUAUUUACAUCCUGAUCAAAAUGUUAGUCAAAAAAUUGUGUUUUUUAAAAACGAAUUUACAAAAAAACUAAAUUUCAGAUUCACUCCACAUCAAUAUACUUGGCAGCGUUAGCAUUUUCAGACUUUUUCCUGAUUCUAACUGCAAUUUUUCUAUUUUGUUUCGAAGCUUGGCGACAUCACAAUCAUGAAUUGAUGGCUUGGUUAUAUGUGACAGGUGCUCCGAUGGUUUUUCCGAUCGCUUCGAUUUUUCAAACAAGUUCUGUUUAUUUUUGUGUCGCUGCAGCUGUGGAUUGCUUUAUUAUUGUGGUUUUACCAGAAAGUGUUAAAACUCUUUAUUGCACUACAAAGUUGGUUUUUCAGAUGUUGAUGAAUGAAACUCAAAAUGCACUUACUUGAUUCACAACAAAAUUGAAGUUGAACAUAAAUUUCAAAAGAUAUAUGUGGCCGAACUAUUUUGGUGGCCGUGAAAUGUCGGGAAUUCGGCCAAGGCAACAAUUUCUGAGAAUUUUUGCAACAUUAGAGCGAGUUUGUUGCGUUGGCCGAAUUCCCGACAUUUCUCGGCCACAUAUUUUGUCUGAAAUUUUGUAUUUCAAUGUUUUGUGAAGUAAGUAAAUGCAUUUUGAGUUUCAUUCAUCAAAAUUUGAAAAUUUUUCAAAAUUAUUCGGAACCACAAAAAUCAAAUAAAAUUUUUUCCAGACGAGCCAAAGUCACUUGCGCUGUUUUAAUGGUUCUCUGCAUCGUUUACAAUCUCCCACAUUUUCUCGAACUUGAAAGUGUUCGAUGUCGAAAUGAUGACGAGACUUUGGGCUGGCAGAUUUGUCCGACUACGGUCCGAACAAAUGAGGCUUAUUACACGAUUUAUUACACAUAUAUGUACACCACAUUUUUGGCCAUCGGACCAUUGGCCCUUUUGAUUUUGUUGAAUAUUUGUGUGGUUUACACGGUUUUUAGUAGACCAGAUACAGAGGCUGAAAAUGGUAGGUUUUUUUUUUCUGAAUCCUACAGAUGAAUUCAAAUUUUUUUAGAAGGUGAGGAUAUAACAUCGCUGAUUCUCGUCGUAUUUUUCUUCAUUUUCUGUAACUUCACUGCUCUUCUUGUCAAUUUCAUGGAACUCAUUUUACAAGAUGGCGUAAGUUUUUUCCCUAGAUUUCUUCUCCCAAAAAAUUCCUCCUCCUUUUUCAGACAAUUCUUGUUUACUUUGUCGAUUUGUCGAAUCUUUUGGUCGUUGUUAAUGGAACUGCCAACUUUUUCUGCUAUUUGAUUUUUGGAACUGGAUUUAGAAUCACAUUGAAAAAGGUGAGCUUUGAAAUUUUUCGAAGUUUCUAAUAAAAAAAUCAACUUUCAGAUCCUCUACGGCGAAAAAGUUGCAAAAUAUCGUGCAUCUGAAUUAUGGUCCGAAACUCAUACACAUGCAUUGAUUUGA